GGACUACUAGAACCCAGAACUCAUAAAGGAAGUUCUGAAGAUAAUCGUGACUCUCAAGCUACUGGUUUCCAAGGUCCACCCUGUACUGUUUGUGAUAUGUUAAGCCCACCUUGGCCUAAUGGAUCUUCAGAGCAACCCGGUCAACAAGGAACAGGAGGCUACCCUGAUGAGAAAGGUAUAAGAGGAGAUAUGAGUACAGUUGGCCAUAGAGAAAACGGUUUAAAAGGUAAUCCUGGUAAUCCUGGUGCACUUCGCCAAACUGGAUUAAGAGAAAUAGUUGGUCCUGCAGGAGACCCUGGUAUUGAUGGUUUACACAGACAAAAAGGUUUAGCUGGACCCAUUGGAUUGCCAAGAUUAUGUAAAAUAUUAAAACGGAGAAAAGGUAAAGAAGAAUUAUCAGGCCCCCCAGGAUAUAGUCAGAUCGAAGGGUUCCAAGGUCAAAUGAGACAUUCUGGGAAUCCUGGAGAUCAGGUAGAUUUGGGGCAACCAGGGCCUCUUAGUAUAUCUUGCCUUCCUAGAUCUCCUGGUGCAAAAGGCACAAGCCUUAUAUACAAAGGAGACCCAGGACCAAUGGGCCACCCUGGAUCCCCAGGCAGCAAAAGCUUUCAGGGGCCUCAUGGCUCUAGUGGCCUUCCAGAACCAAAGGAUAAGAGAGAUCACAGUGGUGGUAGGAGACCUGAUGGACCUAAAAGUCAAAAAGGCAUAUCUGGGCCCCAAGGUUGCAAGGGUGACCAUGGACCAACUAGAGGUGCAGGUUCACCACUGACACCUGUUGGUGUCUCUGGAUUUAAUGGACCCCAAGGUGCACCUGGUCCUCCUGGACAUUUAGCUGAACCAGGAAAUAAAGGGCCAAGAUCAAGCUUUCUUUUGGUUAUCCACAGCCAAUCAGUUGAGGUACCACAGUGUCCUGCAGGUAGUAACCAGUUGUGGGUGGGUUACAGUCUCGUUCACCUAGAGGGACAAUAUAGGGCUCAGACGGAAGAUCUGGGCAAGCCAGGCUCUUGUCUCCCUGUUUUCUCCACAAUGCCUUUCUCCUUCUGCAACAGAGAAGCCUGCUACCACUCAAGUAGCAAUGGCAAAUCCUACUGGCUUUCUACUUCUGCUUCCAUACCCAUGAGACCAUUAUUUGGCCAGGAGGUUAGCCUCCAUAUUAGCCGCUGUGUUGUGUGCGAAGCAUUGUCACCUGCAGUGCCUUUUCACAGUCAGCAUCAAGUUAUCCCUCUCUGUCCACUGGGCUGGAGGAGUUUAUGGACGGGAUACUCUUUCCUUCUGCACACAGGUGUGGGUGACGGGGGUGGACAGUCAUUGGCUUCUUCUGGUAGCUGCCUCAAGGAUUUUCGAACUCAUCCCUUCAUUGAGUGUCAAGGUGCGCAGGGUUCCUGUCACUACUUUUCCAACCUCUACAGUUUUUGGCUGAUCACUAUAAGAGGGACGAAGGAGUUCAACCCAAGUCAUGGGAGGAUCAAACCUUCUGAGCAGCAGCGAUUUAAGGCCAGACGAUGUAAUGUUUGUCUCAGAGAUUAAUGUUUUCUGUACUAUAAGCAAUAUUUUAUACGCCUUUGUGAUAUUUUAGAUUACUAAAACCAGGGACAGCACAGCAUUAGUUCAACCUCAAUUUAAGGCCACUACCUAACAGCUGACAGAGCACUAACCACCUGUUAUUAUUCUGUCCUUUUUGUGUUCUACAUUAAGUUCAACUUGUUUUACAAGAACUCGAAGAGGAAAGAAAGAAUUUUUCUUUUCAGCAGAGUGUGUUACUCUUUGCAAUCACCAGUUUUGUCCUAUUCUUUCAGUAAUCAUUGUGGAAAUUAAAGACUAAUUUUAUAAAUGUAUUUGUUGCUUUUUUGAUUUUUACAUUUUGGUAUGUU